CAUCACUUUCGGUCCGAAACCGGCUGGAAACAGAAUACAAAGUCUCAGGCUUGCAUUAUUCCUCAAAUUUAUUGAAAAUAAAAUAAAAUGAACAAGAGUGAGCUCAGUUCUGCACUGGCGGCGUACGACUUUGAACGGCGUUUUGACGAAAGACAAGCUGUCGAAUGGAUGCAGGAAAACUGGAGCAAGUCGUUCAUGUUCUGCGGCUUGUAUGUUGCACUUGUAUUUGGCGGACAGCACUUCAUGAGGGAAAGGCAAAAACUCAACCUACGUCGCCCGCUUGUCUUUUGGUCACUCAGUUUGGCCAUUUUCAGUAUCAUAGGAGCCAUGAGGACUGGAUCGUAUCUGUUGCAUAUUCUCAAAACCAGCGGCUUCAAACAGUCGGUUUGUGACGCUAGUUUAUAUAGCGCCCCCAUCAGCAAAUUCUGGGCAUAUGCCUUUGUUAUCAGCAAGGCCCCUGAGCUGGGUGACACCAUAUUCAUCAUUCUCCGGAAGCAGCGCCUCAUCUUUUUGCACUGGUACCAUCACAUCACCGUGCUGCUCUUCUCCUGGUACUCCUACAAGGACCAGGUUGCAGGCGGAGGCUGGUUCAUGACCAUGAACUACGCGGUGCACUCACUCAUGUAUACGUACUAUGCCAUCAGGGCAUCCGGCAUGCGGGUGCCCCGCUCUUGCGCCAUGAUCAUCACAGCCACCCAGAUCCUGCAAAUGGUUAUGGGCCUGGCUGUUCUAGGCUUGGUGUACCUCUGGAUGCACGAGGUGCGCUGUCCGUCCAACAUGGGCAACGUCACGUGGGGUUCACUCAUGUACCUCAGCUACUUAAUCCUUUUUGCCUUGUUAUUCUAUAACAACUACCUCAAAGGCUCGAGGGACAAAGGAACCAAAGCAGAGUAGCAUGCCUGUACUCUUCGUAAAGUGUGCUAUAA